AUGUCCGAGGAACUGGCCUCGGGCCCCAAGGAGAGCCCCCCCGCGCCGCGCGGCCCCCGCGAGGUGUGGAAGAAGGGCGGCCGCCUGCUGUCGGUGCUGCUGGCCGUGAACGUGCUGCUGCUCGCCUGCACGCUCAUCAGCGGCGGGGCCUUCAACAAGGUGGCCGUGUACGAAACCGACGUGUUCGCGCUGCUCACCACCAUGAUGCUCCUGGCCACGCUCUGGAUCGUGUUCUACCUCCUCCGCACAGUGCGCUGCCCCGGCGCUGUCCCCUACCACGACUCCCACGCCGGGCCCAUCUGGCUCAGAGGUGGGCUGGUGCUGUUUGGAAUCUGCACCCUGGUCAUGGAUGCCUUCAAGACUGGCUACUACUCCAGUUUCUUUGAGUGCCAGUCGGCCAUCAAGAUCUUGCACCCUCUCAUCCAGGCGGUGUUCGUCGUCGUCCAGACCUACUUCCUCUGGGUCGCCGCUAAAGACUGCAUCCACAUCCACCUGGAUCUGACCCGGUGUGGUCUUAUGUUCACACUCACCACCAACCUGGCCAUCUGGAUGGCGGCCGUGGUGGAUGAGUCCUUGCACCAGGCCCAAUCCUACAUGAGCUCCCACGGCAACACCAGCCACACGCGCCUCGCUCCCAACCAGCAAGCGGGCAGCACGGCCGACGGGGACUGCCCCUGCAACACGGCCCUCUGCCAGAUCUUCCAGAAGGGCUACUUCUACCUCUACCCCUUCAACAUCGAGUACAGCCUCUUUGCCUCCACCAUGCUCUACGUCAUGUGGAAGAACGUGGGCAGGCUGCUGACCUCCUCUGGCCACGGCCAUGGCCACGGUCACACGCCCCCCCGGGGCAACCUCUUCCGGGAGACUUUUGUCGCUGGCCCUGUGCUGGGCCUGAUGCUCUUCGUGGUGGGCCUGGCGGUCUUCAUCAUCUAUGAGGUCCAAGUGAGUGGCGAGGGGGCCCGCACCCAGCAGGCCCUGGUCAUCUACUACAGCUUCAACAUCGUCUGUCUGGGGCUCAUGACCUUGGUCAGCCUGAGUGGCUCUGUCAUCUACCGCUUUGACCGCCGGGCCAUGGACCACCACAAGAACCCCACGCGCACCCUGGACGUGGCCCUGCUGAUGGGCGCUGCACUGGGCCAAUACGCCAUCUCCUACUACUCCAUUGUGGCCGUGGUGGUGGGCACAUCCCGGGACCUGCUGGCUGGGCUCAACCUCUCCCACGCCCUGCUCAUGAUAGCCCAGCACACCUUCCAGAACAUGUUCAUCAUCGAGAGCCUCCACCGGGGCCCGCCGGGGGCCAAGCCUCAUGACACACCCCCUAAGGAGCCCUGCCACGGCCUGACCUUUGCCAACCCGGACGCGCUGCAGGCCUUGCCCGCCUGCCCAACCACCCCCGAGCUGGUGGUCCCCAGCUCCACUGCCCCUCAGGAAGCGGUGGCCGAUAUCGUGGGCCCCAGGAUCCACUGGAGACGUCAGUGCCUGAAGGACAUUUCUCUGUUUCUCCUGCUCUGCAACAUCAUCCUGUGGAUCAUGCCCGCCUUCGGGGCCCGGCCUCACUUCAGCAACACCACCGAGGUAAACUUCUACGGCUACUCCCUCUGGGCAGCCAUCGUCAACAUCUGCCUGCCCUUCGGCAUCUUCUACCGCAUGCACGCUGUGUCCAGCCUGCUGGAGGUCUACGUGCUGUCCUGAAGCCCAGCUCUGCCAGAGCCCAGGGGCUCGGCUCCCACGCCUCCCAGAGACCCCCAGGAGCGCACCCCAGCCUGGCAGUCACGCUGCAUGCCACCCAUGCCCUGCGGAGUGGAAUUUUCACAAAAGCUAUUUUUCCAGGAUGAGUUUUUAAAUCACAAUCAGGACGUGCCCAUCCCGCCCAGCAGGACACUGGGUGACAUGGGGGUGGGACAGGAGCCUUGUCCCUGCGGCCCUCCUGGGAACUGUCUCAACUUGG